AUGUCUUCCACUACACCCAUGCCUAGCACCCCCGGUCCCCGGGUUGAGGUUGGCAGCCCCCGAGGCAUACCUAAGGCACGCCUCUCUUUGUCUUUGAAGAAAUCCCAGUAUGAGGCUAUCAACGAGAGGCUCCUGGCAGCUCACAAGGAGCACGUUGCACGAGUCAAAUCGUCGUUCUCUCGCUUCGCUUGUCUUCAAAGACACUUGUCAGCUGUCAAGUCCAAGGGGAAAAAGCUGAGCAAGAAAACCUCUUGCUCCGUCCUGUCCCCAAGCAGUGAUUUCAGUGUCAAAAAGAACGGUAUCGUUGAAGAGGGAGAGACUGCCGACCUCGUCAAUGAUUUUGCUACCAAAAUGUCCAUUGAUGGCGCUAAGCCACCAAAGUCUGAGGUCAGCGAGGUAUUGCGAAAAAGGAGCAGCUCUUCUGUGACCCCUGACAUGGAGGAAUGUGCGAAAAAAAUGGCUCGUCUUGCCAUCGCGCACGACGUGCACCACACGCCCUCCACCAUUCUUUCCACGGAUCUGGAUUCUCUCAGCCUUUCGAGUGAGGUGGAAGUGACGGAAGGCGACAAGGGUAGGCGUAGUCGCCGCUCCUCCACUUCUCUUUCCCUCAGGUCCAACAUUUCCGCCGCUGAGGAGGACGACGCUCCCGAGAAUGAAUUCAAGAGCAUUCUCUUCUUCUCCAAGCUGCUUGCUGGUGAAGUCGACGGAUUGACUAUCGUUCUCUGA